CUUUCUCAGCUCCUCCUUCACUCUUCCUGCAAUCGGUGAGACCCGAGCGUUGGGGCCGCUGGCGCCCGACAGGAUGGCGGAUCCUCCGGCGUCUCUCUCGGGACAGGACGUGGGAUCAUUUGCAUAUCUUACAAUUAAAGACAGAAUACCACUGAUCUUAACUAAGGCUAUUGAUACAUUGCAUCGACAUAAAAGUGAAUUUUUUCAGAAACAUGGAGAGGAAGGCGUAGAAGCUGAAAAGAAAGCUAUUUCUCUUCUUUCUAAAUUACGGAAUGAAUUGCAAACAGAUAAACCAAUUGUCCCUUUGGUCGAGAAAUAUGUUGAUACGGACAUUUGGAAUCAGUACCUAGAAUAUCAACAGAGUCUUUUAAGUGAAAGUGAUGGGAAGCCAAGUUGGUACCGCUGUCCGUGGUUGUAUGUAGAAUGUUACAUGUAUCGUAGAAUUCAUGAAGCGAUUAUCCAGAGUCCACCGAUCAAUGACUUUGAUGUAUUUAAAGAAUCCAAAGACCAAAAUUUCUUUGAGUCACAGGAAUCUGUCAUUGCUUUGUGUACUCACUUGCAAGAGUUGAGGAGAACUAUUGAAGACCUAGAUGCAAAUCAGCUGAAAACUCAGUUUUUUCAACUUCUGCAGAUUUCACUCUGGGGAAAUAAGUGCGAUUUAUCUCUAUCAGGUGGAGAAAGUAGUUCUCAGAAGACUAACGUAAUUAAUUCUUUGGAAGAUCUAAAACCUUUCAUUUUAGUGAAUGAUAUGGAACAUCUUUGGUCAUUGCUUAGUAAAUGCAAGAAAACAAGAGAAAAAGUGCCCAUAGUUAGAGUGGAUAUUGUUCUAGAUAAUUCUGGGUUUGAACUUAUUACAGAUUUAGUAUUAGCUGACUUUUUGUUGUCCUCUAAUUUGGCUACUGAGAUUCAUUUUCAUGGAAAAAGUAUUCCAUGGUUUGUUUCUGAUACUACGAUACAUGACUUUAAUUGGCUUAUUGAACAAGUAAAACGUUAUGAUCAUAAGUGGAUGUCAAAGUGUGGAGUUGACUGGGAAAACUAUAUUAAAAUGGGUAGAUGGGUUUACCAGGAUCAUAUGUUUUGGACUUUGCCUCACGAAUUUGCAGCAAUGUCUCAGGUUGCCCCUGAUUUGUAUGCUGAACUACAAAAGGCAUGUUUAAUUUUAUUCAAGGGUGAUUUGAAUUAUAGAAAGCUGACAGGUGAUAGAAAAUGGGCGUUUUCUGUUCCCUUCCAUAAGGCUCUGAGUGGCUUCCAUCCGGCCCCUCUGUGCAGCCUGAGAACAUUAAAAGCUGAGAUUCAGGUUGGUCUGCAACCUGGGCAAGGGGAACAGCUCACAGCUUCCGAGCCCAGCUGGCUAGUCACUGGGAAAUAUGGAGUGGUUCAGUUUGAUGGUCCGCUGGGACCCAGCCUAGAACUCCCAGGCGAGUAGAAGGAUCUGAGAAGCACCUUUUCAUCCUCAGAAAAGCAGUGUGUGAAUUUAGUCCCUUGCCUGUGCUGUCAGUUCUCGGAGGCCUAGCUUGGCCUUCUUAUCAACUUACACUCUGGCUGAAUUUUCCUUGGAACAUUUUACCCACUACAAGGUUUUGGGAAUAUAUGGUUUAAUGCUAGUUACAAAUAUUUACACUUUUGUUGGGGUUUUAGGAACUAUUUCAAAUAUUUUUAAUUGGGUAGAAAGAAAAACAUAAGUGAAUUCUGCUUUUUAAGUUAGUUAACUUUUUUCUUAAAGAGUAUGCUGCAUGGUAUUUAAUAACCCAGGCAACAUGGAACUUUAUUUAACUUACUUUUGGGCUCUUGAAAUAAUGAUUUUGUGAAAAUAUACAUUUGAAUGACUUUGUGAAGAGAGGCAAUUUUUAUACCUGUCAUGCUUGAACAUAAAAGUGAAACUUACCUCAUAAAUUAAUUGUAACUUUUGUUCUCUUAGAAUUUUAUUUUAUUUCAGUACCCUGUUUUAUUUGCAUGCAGUUCUAUUUUUUAUUAACUUGUGGAAUGGAUGUUAGGAAACAUGAAAUUGAACAGAGUGAAACAUGAUAUUUGAAGAAAUAAUCUUUUACAUUCUAUUUAUGAUAUGCACAAUCAACAGAUUAUUUUACCACACAAGUGUUUUAAGUGGGCAAAUUUUUUGAUUGUAGUUUUAGAAAAAUGCUUUAGCAGGAAAAGAGUUUUAUGCAUUGAAUUUGGAUAUUACAAUAAUGAAUUCAUUUUUUAUAAUACACAUUUUAUUGGUCAUUGCGGAUAUUAAAAACUAAAAAUUCAUGUCAAUUUGUUUUAAGUGGAAAUGUUUUCUUGCACUGAAAUAAUAAAAUGAAUAGUGCCUAAAUUUUUCUGUGGUUUUAUUUUCCACCGGGGAAAAAUCAAGGGGAAGAUUAAGAAUGAGAUCUGUAUAAUAAACUCAUAAUAUGUAUUAUAUACAUUGCCCAAAGUAGCUUUCAAGUAAUAUAACUUGUAAAUGAAGUUAUAAUCUACGUUCCUAAGUGCCUAAAUUU